UGUGAGAAGGCAAUGGUGUCUGAACGAUAACUGAAAGUAUUUGAAAUUUGAAGCCAUCGGGAUGGUGAAGACAAGGAAUAGUAUAGGAGUAAAAGAAGGGUCUCCUGAUACAUUCUUGUCUCUCAAUAGGGAUCGGGCGAAUAAACCUCAGCGAUCCGUAAACUAUGAAUCACAGAGUGAUGAAAGCGAUGAAGUUCAAAUUGCAGAUCUUAACCAUAGACAAGAAGCCCAAUCUCCACCCCUGAGAAGAAGUAGACAUAGGAGGUACAAAGAGGAAGAUGAAAGUGCUGAUGAUGAAAUAGAUGCUGUAAGUUAUGGUAGAGCUAGAAGAAGAUCAUGGAAAUAUAGUAGAAAUAACAAUGCAGCAGAUGGAGAUGUUAGAAGAAGCAGCAGACAAAGAAAACUGGUUUAUGGGACAUUUGACCAGAAAAUUUUGGAAAAAGCCUUGUAUAUGAAUGGAGAUGACAUGCAGCCAGGCAGGAAAAGAAAGAGAAAUGAAGUUGAUCUUGUUGAUGUUGAGAAAAGUGAAGAUAUGUACAGUCGUGUUAAAAGGCCAAGAAAAGUAAUUAAAAGAGAUAUGUAUGGUAUUCCAAUUCCUGAUGACACUAGUGAUGAAGAAAAUAAAGAUGAUGAGGACGAUGAUGAUGAUGAUGACUCAAGUAGUGAUGAUGAUGAUGACGAUGAUGAUGACAAUGAUGAAGAGGAAGAAAAAAAACCAGAAAAUCGCUCAUAUAACCUCAGGGAACACAAACCACGAACUCAACUUUUUGAAGUACCAGUUGUGGAAAGGAGGAAAAGAGUACAAAAGUUGUUUAGAGAAACUCCCCCGUUACCUCCAAAAAGAAGACAAAAAUCUCAUGUAUACCAGUCACCUGCUCACAGAAAACUAGAAAUAAGAAGAAAAGCACAAUUCCAUGGUAGUGAUACUACAUCAUCAUCAUCCUGUAGUGAAUCAGAUGAUGAGGAAAGGUUUAAAAGAAGAAAAGCGAAAAGUAUGGCAAGAGCUAGAAAUAGAUGUUUACCAAUGAAUAUUAGUCCUAAGAAUUUGAAAAACUCCAACAUUCUCAAAGAUAGAGUAAAGAUAGGCUCCAGUUUGGCUGAUGUUGAUCCCAUGAAUGUUGACAGAACCGUUAAUUUUAACAGCGUUGGUGGAUUAGGGAAGCAUGUGAGAGCAUUGAAAGAAAUGAUUGUUUUUCCUCUCCUUUAUCCAGAAGUUUUUGAAAGAUUUAAGCUGGCACCACCAAGAGGAGUAUUGUUUUAUGGCCCUCCAGGAACUGGAAAAACAUUAGUUGCUAGGGCAUUGGCAAAUGAAUGCAGUACAGGAAAUAGACGAGUUGGAUUUUUCAUGAGGAAAGGAGCUGAUUGCCUUAGUAAAUGGGUUGGUGAAUCAGAAAGGCAGCUUAGAUUAUUAUUUGAUCAGGCUUACCAGAUGAGGCCAUCAAUUAUUUUCUUUGACGAGAUAGAUGGUUUAGCACCUGUUAGGUCCAGCAGACAAGAUCAGAUUCAUAGUUCUAUUGUUUCAACAUUGUUAGCUCUAAUGGAUGGCUUAGAUAGCAGAGGAGAAAUUGUAGUAAUUGGGGCAACAAACAGAAUAGAUUCAAUUGAUCCAGCUUUGAGAAGGCCUGGAAGAUUUGACAGAGAGUUUUUGUUUCCAUUACCUUCACAAGAAGCAAGAAGACAAAUCUUGCACAUUCAUACAAAAGAAUGGAAUCCAAAAUUAUCUGAUCCUUUUGUGAGUGAACUGGCAGAAAAAACAGUCGGGUAUUGUGGUGCUGACUUAAAAUCACUUUGCACUGAGGCUUCAUUGUUGGCUUUGAGAAGAAGAUAUCCACAAAUUUACACAACAUCUGAAAAACUGCAACUUGAUGUGUCUUCGAUAAAUCUUGCUGCUAAAGACUUCUUCAAUGCUAUGAAUUCUAUUGUUCCAGCAUCUCAAAGAUCUGUUACUUCUCCAGCUCGUGCAUUGUCAUUGCGUGUUCAGCCUUUAUUGAGAAUUAUUUUUAAACAAUGUAUAGAUGCAGUUCAAAAAGUUUUUCCAUCUGUAUUUACCCAGCUGUCUUGUCUAGAUGCUCCUGCUACAACCAGUCAGCAGGAGUCAAGCACUAACUUGUUGGAGCAGCUAGACAGUGACGAAGAUGAAAAUGCACCUAGUAUAUAUGAAAAUAAGGGUAAAGGAAAAAAGAAGAAAGAAGACAAUGAACCAGAAACAUUUCUAAGUUUUGCAAGUUAUGCUAGCAAGACACCAACAACACACAGACCAAGAAUGUUAUUAGCUGGCCAACCAGGACAAGGACAGACAACUCAUUUAGCCCCAGCAAUUCUUCAUAACAUGGAACAAUUACCUGUUCAUGUUCUUGAUCUUCCCUCACUUUUUGCAGUCAGUACUAAAACUCCAGAAGAAUCAUGUGCUCAGGUUUUCCGUGAGGCAAGACGUACUGCACCUAGUAUUAUUUACAUGCCUGAUAUUGAGCAGUUAUGGAGUGUAUUAACUGAUACAUUACGUGCAACGUUUAUGAUGAUGUUAAAUGAAUUGGAUCCAACUGCACCAAUUCUUCUUUUAGCAACAAGUGAAUGCCAUUACAGCAUGCUUGGGGAACAGUUGACACAUAUCUUUGACAGCAACUUUAGUCAAGUCAUUAAGAUGGCUUAUCCAUCAGAGACUGAAAGAAGAGAAUUUUUCACUGAUAUAUUGUUAAAUCAAGCAGUGCAGCCACCUUCUCAAAGGAAGCAGGCUGCAAAAAGAUUUUUAGAAAUUUUACCAAAGGCUGCACCACCAGAACCAAGGAAAUAUUCAGCAAGGGAAUUGGAGAAGAUUUAUGAACAAGAAGAAACUACACUCAGGGAAUUACGACUGUUUCUCAGGGAUGUUCUCAACAAAUUAGGAAGAGACCGAAAGUUCCAAAUCUUUGCUAAACCUGUUGACACUGAGGAUGCACCUGAUUAUUAUGAAAUUAUUAAACAUCCAAUGGACUUAGGAACAAUGAUGUCAAAAAUAGAUCUACAUCGCUAUCAAACUGCCAAGUCAUUUCUUGAUGAUGUAAGCCGUAUAUGCCUGAAUGCCUUGGAAUAUAACCCAGAUAAAACUCCUGCAGGUCGAGCAAUUAGACAUAGAGCUUGUGCUUUGAAGGAUACAGCAGAGGCAAUACUAAAAGUAGAACUUGAUCCUGAGUUUGAGGCACAGUGUCAAGAACUGGUAGAUUCAAGAAAGAAUAGAGGUAUAGAUCCACAACAAUCUGCCCCAAAUUUUUACCAUACAAAACCAUUGCAAUCCACAUCUACAUCUUAUAAGCCAUUCACAACUAAUCCUGAUAGUAGAUCGAGAACAAGUCGUAGGUUGAGAGGGUUGGAUAUAGAAAACACGUCUCCUUUAGAACUAGUAGAAAAACAAUGGUCUGUUGAAAAAAGUGUAAGAAAGGCCUCACCAGAAAAGUCACCGGAAAAAGGAGACAAUUCUGCAAGUGAAAGUGAAGCAAUAAUAAAACAGCUUACAUCUUCAAAAAAGAAACAACAGCAUUCUUGUAGAAAAGCAAAUUCAGGUGAUGACUGUUCUAGAGCAGUUAAAAAACCACAUGCUAAAAAAGAUAUAUGGAGUAGUUCCGGUUACAGAUCGAGGAGGAAAAAAAGAAAUCCAUUAUCUGCAUCACCAAGUAAAGAUUCACAGUUUUCUGAUUCAGGAGUGAAGGACUCAAGAUUUUCAGAUACAGAUGACUAUGAUGUGUCUGAAGUAAUUGCUAAUCGCAACUUAUCACCGUCUUCAAAAAUCUCAGGGAAAUCACCUGAACAGGAGGAAAAAUCUUCAGGGAGAAGGAACUCUGUGUCCUCAACAGGGAGACGAAGCUCAAUAUCAAGUAGAUCUCGUGACCGUUCAAAAGACCGGUUUGAUUCACCUCAUCGUCAGUCUUCAUCAAAAUCACCAACACGAAACACAUCAGGGAAAUCAUCAGAUAGAAGGAGAUCUAAAUCACCUGAUCGACAAUCAUCAUCAAAAGAAACAAGUGGACAUCCCACUCUAAAAAAACAUACAACAUCAUCUCUGAAAGGUGGUGAGAAGCACUUAGAAUUAUCUGUAGUUGUAGAAAACAUAUCGCCAAAUAAGUCAGGGAAAAUGUCACCGAGGGUAGGUACAUCUAAACCAAUGGAGACAGACAGUGGAAUCAGUAGUUCCGUUGAUAGUAAUGGAGAUUCUGUUGAUAGUGUUGAACAUGCCAAGUUAUUAGCCAGUCAGAAAUUAAAUACAUCUCAGGAAGGUGCUACCUCAAAGCAAGACAGUGAAGAUGAGAAAGCGACAGCAACAUCACCUAAAUUCAGAGCUACAAGGUCACGCCUACAAACAGAAGAUCAUGAGCAUGCCUUACAGAUUCUAGAGGAAGAAGCAGUGCCAGUUGUAGUUGACCUAGAACGUUUGAAUAAACUUUUAGAUAAUACAGUUGCAUUGACAAAGAACUACAGAAUUGAGAAGUUAGAGAAAUUGUACAGCCUUUAUAGUAACUGUAUAUAUUGCUAUCGACAAGACUACGAUAAAACUUUAAUGAUUGAAGAGAUGGAAAAUAUACUACAGAGACAGCUUGUUUGAGAGAAGUCUACGCUCAACUAGUAUUUAUAAAGAUUGCUGGCUUUAUAUUCUAACUGUUAAUGAAAUUCAUAUAAGAUUCAAUUUAUGAUUGGAUACUACUAUUAUAUAUUCUGUGCAGUAUUUAAGAAGUUUAUAACUAGUCCAUAUUUUUUUUAAAGGUGAAAAAAAGGCUCUCCGAGGAAUUUAACUUUAGUGAAAAAUUCUCUUGUAAGUUUUUUCCUUCAUAUUUUGACAAACUGAUCUGUUUCCUGUUUGAUGUGUUAAGUCAUUGUGGACUUAUAAAGAAAAUCAAUAUCUGUAUGUUGGUGGAAUUGUUGUUUAAUAAUCGAAUGAACUAGUACAAGUUCUUUCCACAAAACAUAAGGUAGGGUUUUUUUUUUCAUUUGUUGGUUUAUGGAUUUACCAACCUGAUUUUUUCCAAUUUUCAGAAGAUAAAAAAUUGUAGCAUAAUGCUUUUAAAAAAAUAUAUCAGUAUCUGUAUUGAAAGAACUUUUUGAAAGACCACACAUUUUAAGAGAACACUUCACACUGGCACAGCAUUUUUGAUAUAUAUUUUUUAUUAAACAUGUUUUGAGAGACCGACUUAUCACAAUGUAACUAUUUAUUGUUACAUUAUUUACUCAGGACAAUUUGUGACAUGGUUGGAAAGAUUUAAGAAAUUGGAGAAUGAUAUAGCAGUAAAUAUAGUAAUUCAUUCCCAAAAAUUUGCAUAAUGGAAAAAUACAAUUACAUGUAAGCAGUAUUGUUUCAUUUCAAAACUUGAUUGAAUUUUCAUUAUGCUACAAAAUUGUAAAUCAGCUGACUAGCCACACAUUUUAUAUGAGCAAUAAAAAAAAAAUCUACAAAAAAUCCCAAACAUAAACAAAAAUGGCAACAAUAGGACCUUGAAUUAAAAGUUACCUCCCUUUAAACCUAUUAAAGCUCAUUUAAUCAGAACUGUUGUUAAUAUCCAAUUGGAUUUUUCUUUCCAUUCAUGUAAUUGAAGAUAGCUAAGUAAUAGUUUGGAUGUUUAUUUGAAAAAAUUCUGAAUUAUGAAAAAUGACAUUAAACAGAGGUUUAUAAAUUUUAUUGACUGAACUAAUCACUACUGAAGCCUACAGGAAUUAGACUGUAAGGAAAGAUAAUGCAGUAGUGAUGUUUACAUAUAUUUCACUCAGAUUUAUAUUCAUUACCUUGAUGAUAGGAUGUGAUAUUUAUAUAUGUAUUAAAUAAUGUGUCUGAAGAAGGUAAUCCUACAAAAAAAAAAUUAGGCUUCUGUGAUCUAAUUUUUUGUUCACAAUUUAUUCUUAUGUCCAUAUCUGUAUAUUAGCAUACUAGAAUAUGUGGAGACGGAUAAUGCUCACCACUAAUCGAUAUGUGGCAGUUGAUUUUAUAUUAGGUUUACAUGAUUGCAAAAUUGUAAUUAUAUUUUUUAUUUUUUUUAUAUAAAAAUAAUUACAAAUUACAAAAAAAAACAUUAAAAGAUACACUUGAUUUAUAUUCCAUCAUAAGUAAUUGUAUUAUAAUCAAUGAUUACCUCUUUUGUUACUUACAUGAAUUAAAUGUAAAUUAAAUUAUUUAUUAAAUUUUUAAAUCUGUAAUUAGAACGAUAAUUAUUCCUAUUGCUGUAUUUAAUUGAUCUGAACAAAAAACUCAACAUUUUAUUUAGGUAUUACACCACCUUAUUGUCAAAAUUUGUAAAUGAACACUAGUUUACACAAAUUUUAAACUCAGGUUAAAGAUUUUUCUCAGUAGCAAUGCUGACAAAUAUUUACUUAGCUGACUAACAACAGAAUAAUUGAAAUUCAAAAAGAUACCAUGUACUUGUUAAACCCCUUGACUAUCAUGUUCACAUUUAUAUAUUCAUCUUUACAAUGUUGGAAUGUUUUUAGGGUUUCCCCCACAUUUAAACAUCAAUAUUCAAAUUAAAUUGAUUGCUUCAUGUCAUUUAUUGACAAUUUGCCAUUGGAUGUUAAGCAAACAACAGUCGGGCAUUUAUUUACAUCAGACAAAUUUAAGCUCUUUUCCAAUGCCUAAUGCAAGAAUUUAAGCCAUACUAGCUAUCUCUGAUAACCCAUGAAAAAUAGAUAUUUUUUGAAAGGGCUUUUAAAAGAGUUGUUAUCUGUUCAAUUUUACCCCCACCCCCAACCUUUGCUAUCCUUCCAAGUUUUUCUUACUAGUAUAUGACUUAAUAGACUAGUUUAUCAAGAGACUAGGUUAUAUUCAAAUUUUGUUCCUAUUUUGCUCAAAAAGGAAAAUGAGAUUUUGUAUAAAUGUGGAGUGGUAGUUAAGGGGUCUAUAAGAUUUAAUCUGUUUUACAACGAAUGUACAGCUUAUAGUUUCAAAAAAGUUUAUAUUUUGAGCAUUAGUUGUUUCAGAAUUCCUGUGUAUAAGAAAAAUAUGGUAGUUUAUACUUAAAAGGGUAAUAAAAAUGAUGGAUUGAAAGGUUUAACAAGUUCACAUGUUCACAAUUAACAAUGUACUUCACAAUAUGACAAUGUACAUUUUCAAGUUAUAUUUACAUUUUGUUUUAUUUUAUUUUACUCCAAAAGUUACAAAAUAUAUUUUCUUGUAUAGUGUACAUUUAAUUUAAAACUAUUUAAAUAUUGUAUAAAUAAAUUAUUAUAAAAGUUU